GCAUUUCUAGACGCCGUCAGAUACACCGUCCCCAUUGAAGAGCCAGACUUUGUCGGUCACGUCCCUAAUGUGACCGCCGCUAUCGGCAGGGAUGCAAAAAUACCAUGUAUUGUCAACAAUUUAGACACCUAUAGGGUGGCCUGGCUUAGGGUUGAGAGCAAAACAAUUCUGACAAUUCAUCAUCACGUUAUUACUCGCAAUAAUCGGAUCAGUUUAAGUCACAGCGAUAACAAUGUUUGGACAUUACAUAUAAAGAAUAUCCAGGACUCGGAUCGGGGAGGCUACAUGUGUCAGAUCAACACAAUGCCGAUGAAGAGUCAGGUGGGAUACGUUGAGGUGACGGUUCCGCCGGAUUUUAUCAAUUCAGACACGAGUACUGAUGUGAUGGUGAGGGAGAACCUCAACGUUACGCUGAAAUGUAAAGCCAAAGGACAUCCCGACCCCCGUUUGCACAUUAUUUGGGAAUACUUUCUAUGCAUACUAGCUGACGUGGAGGAGAGAAGACAAUCAGCCGCUAGAGUA